AUGGGGUCCGCAGGACACCUCUGCUCGGUGCUGCUGGCCGUUUUUCUGCUGGGGCUUCACCACUCCUCGGGUUUCUGGAUAAUAAAUGUCGUCUUCCCGCCAAACGCCAAACCCAGGGCAUCGAGCAACAGCACUCCGCCUCUCAUUAUAGUCCCAGGGAACUUGGGAAACCGCCUGGAAGCUAAACUAGACAAACCAACACUGGUCCACUGGAUGUGCUACAAGAAAACUGAGAAUUGGUUCCCCCUGUGGAUCGACCUCAACAUGUUCAUGCCUAUAGGCAUAGACUGCUGGAUUGAUAACAUGAGACUUGUUUACAACAGGACGACUCGGCGGUCAUCCAACUCACCAGGUGUGCAGGUGCGGGUGCCAGGAUUUGGACAGACAUAUCCCAUUGAGUUUCUUGACAAUAACAAACUGGCCGGUUAUUUUCACACUAUGGUGCAACAUUUGGUAAAUAUGGGCUACGUCCGAAAUGAGACAGUCAGAGGAGCACCAUACGACUGGAGAUUAACACCUACUGAGAAUGCAGAGUAUUUUAUCAAGCUGAAGGACCUUGUUGAGGAGAUGUACAACCAGUACCAGAGUCCAGUUUACCUGCUUGGACACAGCAUGGGCUGCCACUACGUCCUCUACUUCCUCAACCACCAGCCUCAGGCCUGGAAGGACAAGUACAUCAGGGGCUUCAUUUCCCUGGGUGCACCAUGGGGGGGUGCUGUUAAAACACUUAGAGUCCUGUCGUCAGGUGAAAAUGACGGCAUCCCCAUGAUUUCCAACAUCAAGAUCCGCGAGGAGCAGAGGAUGACCACAACCAAUCCCUGGAUGCUGCCCUCUGAGGCAGCCUGGUCUAAGGACCACGUGUUCAUCUCCACGCCAUCCUUUAACUACACCAACCAGGACUACCAGCGCCUCUUCAAAGACAUCAGUUUUGAGGAUGGCUGGCACAUGUGGGAGGACAGCAAGAACCUCACCGGUGAUCUCCAGCCACCUGGUGUAGAGGUGUGGUGUAUGUACGGAGUGGGGCUUCCAACUCCGGUAACGUACAUUUAUGACGACGAGUUUCCAAACGUGGAUCCAGUGGACUUUGUUUAUGCCGAUGGAGAUGACACGGUGGACAGCAACAGCAUGGGUCUAUGCAAACGUUGGGCCGGGCAGCAGGACAAGCCUGUCCACAUCACAGAGUACCGAGGUCUGGCCCACCUGGAUAUAGUGUUUCAUGAAAAGGUGCUCAGUCUGAUCCAGGAUGUCGUGGAGGGCAAAUCAGACAUACCCAAAGAGGUUGAUGUCCGAUCUGGAAGUAAAUAGCAGACGACCGCAUGUAGAGUUUAAAAACAAAAAACACAUGGUGUGCUGGAUUUUUACUCAGCUGAUGUUAUAGUCUCUUCAAGUAUCCCUCCCCCAUAAAAAAACACAUUCCCCACAGCUCCAACAUUUAUUAGCACCCUGUUAUAGCCCAAGUAAAUGCAGAAGUUCCAAACCAAUCUGUGAUGAGCAAGUAAUCUAACACUGACCCCCGCCAACCCAUAACCAUGACCCCCUUAUCUCAACUAAUGGCUGAUGACUUGUAGAAUAGGUUUGACUCUGAUUUGUUCAUUUCUAUAUCCCAGAUGUGUAUUUUAUUGUAUCUCCUCAUAUCUGGUCUUGAUGGAUUGAAUCCUAUUUUAUUUUUUAUUUCAAGAUCUUUUCAGAUCUGUGUAAAAUCUUUUGAAUAAAUGUUAGUUCAGAUAGCCUGUACACACACAUUAAACUAAUGAUAAUAAUAAAUGGUAUAUUGUAUAUUGUCAUUGAAAAUGCCAAAUGUAUUUGAAUGUUUCCACUCAUAAUAAAGCAUCUAUUGUCACAAAA